CCUUGUGCGCGGUGGGCCGGUCCUGCGCUGUGAACGCGCUUGUAACUCCCCUUGUAACUCAUCUUACUUUGAAGUUCACAAGUUGUUGAACUUUUUCCACGAUCAGCACUUCAGCGGCACUUUCCCGAUGAGCUUCGAGCGCUCCGCUUUCCUACACAAUGAACUCUGAUCGUAUUGACGUUUAAUGACGCGCAAUGGCACCUUUUGGGAAAAACUUUCUGAAAGCGCGCUUGAAGAACAGGUCUAAGGUUGUAGAGGAGACACCAGGAAAAGAAAUCCAGGUGCGGGUGUGUCAAGAAGAAAAAAUAGUCUGCGGUGUGACCAAGCACACGACAUGUGCCGACCUGAUUAAAGCUUUAUUAGAGGACCACAAGACGAUACCCGAAAGUAAAAGGCUUUUACAUGGAGAACCCAAAGACUUCUGCAUCCUGGAACGGUGGAGGGGAUUGGAAAGGGCUCUUCCGCCACUCACUCGAAUCCUCAGACUUUGGACCGCAUGGGGUGACGAGAGACCUUUCAUACAGUUUGUUCUUGUAAAGACCAGCGAAUUCGUGCCAUCGUCUAAGGGAGCCAAGAGGUCCUCGAGAUCUCGGGGAGCGAGGUCAAGGAGAUCGGAGCAGGGACCUGCGCAUUACGCCAAGGCCGUGUCUGUGGAAAAGCAGAAGCGCAUGGUAAAGAGGGCCUUUCGUAAACUUGAGAAGAUUCACAGAGAAGAGACGUCAGAAGGGUCUGAAGAGAUCAGCAAGAUGGUGCGGUUGAUUAUCUCCCAAGACCAGACCAUACGCCAACAGAUUCAGCAGAUGCGUGAGCUGGACUUGGAAACUGAACUUUUGGAGCAACAGCUGAUAAGCAGCCCCACUUCUCGCUCCAGCCUCAUCGAAUGUGAAGACGGAGAGGCAUCGUCCCAAUUUUUAUCUGAAUAUGAGGGCCAGCUGGAGGAGUACUUUAACACCAGUGACGGAAUAGAGCAACUAGAACUACAUUUGUGCAAACACAAAGAACUCAUUGAUCGGCUCUGCCGAGACAUUGACCUGGAGCUGAGGAGCAAUGCUUGGACUUCCGAUUCGGAAGAGUUGAAAGGGGCCGCAGCUGCGAGUCCAGACCUGGAUUUGGUACCUGACCUCUCUAUGUCCUCAUCGGAUCUUUUGGAGUUGGAAAGCUUACGCGACGAACUCGAGUCGAGCAUGACAGCUGGGCUUUCGCUCCAUUCCCAAACCCAGGAAAUCGAGAAGGAACUGCACCAGAACAAAACAGCCUUACAGUCACGCAACCAAGAAUACCAGCAUCUCAUAGCCCAACUCGGUGCACUGGAGCUGGGUGACCAGCCAAGCCCCAUGAAGAGCCAGAUAAGGGCGGCUGUCUCUCAGCAGACAGCAAGCAAGGUCAGACAAACAUGCUCACCUACAGAUGUAACAGACACAGACUCAGACACUGGAAUAAGCUCUACGCACAGUCAAGACUCGCUGUCACCGUGCACGGACAGGUCACCUCCACUGGAUACUGAUGUUUAGACGAGCUGAGGAUACAUUGAACAAGUGCUUUUUUACUGUAUUUAAAAACUUUACAAUCAAAUAUUAACAUUAUUUAACUGUUACACUUGCAUUAUGUUACAGCGCAGCUACUGACACAAACACUUUAAAAUUAUUAAAAAGGUGCUUAGAGUGUUCACAGCGAUGCCAUAGAAGAUCAAUUUUUGGUUUGUCAAAGAACCAUCUUUUUUUGUGUUCAACAGAAAAAAAGAACCUCAUACAGGUUAAGGACAACAUGAGGGGGAGUAAAUGAUGAUCAAAUUUUCUUUUUUGGGUGAACUAUCCCUUUAAAUCUUCUUUAUGGAACCAUUUGGCUAAAAAUGGUUCUUCUGUGGCAUCAUGAAGCACCCUUUAUUUUGAAGAGUUUAGAUUUAGUAUAGAUUAAAGCAUACAGAUUAAACUUCAUAUGCACUUAAAGCCCAAAUUAAAUAUUGGGAAAGACUCAAAUGUUUUACACCACAAAACCACAAAACGACUUAAUAUUCAUGUAUAUUAAAUUAGAAUGCGAUGCAUUAGAAAUGUACUUGCAUACAACACGAAUACAAAGGUUAUGCAAGACUUUCUCCCCAAAAAUGUAACAUGAAAGUGUAAAUAAGUCCAUUGCAUUAUGAAAAGCAACACAUUUGUGACCCUGGACCACAAAAUCAAUCCAAAUGGUUAAU